AGCUCGAGUACUGUUCGCAGCUGCGGGGUGUGGCUUUAGACAUGUCGGCUAAACCUCAACAACAGCCGAUGUAUAUGCAAUCCAAAGCAUAGUUGGAUCUAUAAGUUUGACCAGCGCCUAUCAUCCUGUCCACCACUACUAAUAAGAAAUGUCCGCUGUAGUGCCUCCAGAUCCCUCGCAGGCAUCUUCGUCAGGUCAGUUUCCCCCUCAGGCCAGCACGGCCUCAGCUCUACACACCCCCGGGCACUGCUAACCAUCUGCCAUAGCUCCAAAUCCCAAGAAGAAGACCAACAAGAAGAAAAAGAACACCAAAAGCAAUGGUGAUACGGGCAAAUCGCAGGGUGCAGGACAGGAUCUGCCGACAAAAAAUGGGGAUGGGGAGGGAGAUCCCGAGGACUCGGGGCAGUCUGCGUUGGUACGAGUGCCACCUGUUCAAUUCCAAAAAGUACCAUGGUUGGCCCCAUUCUAACCACGCCAAUUAGAACACCCCAAACGAGAGCAGCUUUCCAGAGGACCUUAGAAGCCAAACAAACGGUCACAAUCACGAUGCUGCGAGCAAUGGCGACGGGCCCAAGCAACAGGCCCCCACCACGCACGUAGUGAAGAUCAGCCCCGGUACUGAGAAGAACGUGAGCAGUCAGUUGGCGGACACGUCUGAUGCGAGCUCCCGACUCGAAGCAAUGUCACAAGAGCGCGAAGCUUUGAGGGCGGAGGUGGAACAGCUACGGAAGUCUCUGGAAGACAUACAAGGCAAACACGCGGAGGAGUUAUCUGCCGUUAAAACCCAGCAUGCAGAUGAGGUCUCGUCGAUUCAAAAAAAGCAUAGCGAAGAAGUUGCGGCUGUAAAAACUCAAUUCACAGAAGAGAUAUCGACCAUAAAAACGGAACUGGAGGAGAGCGAAACAGCAAAGGAACAUGCCGAAACCCAAUACCAACACUUGCUUGGCCGUAUAAACACAAUAAAGUCGAGCUUAGGAGAACGUCUGAAGGCAGAUAAACAGGAGCUAGAGGAAGCCAAAGAGCAAAUCGAGGAACUGGAAUCUCAAAAUGAAACUUCUCAAAAUCGCAUUCAAAGCCUUGAGGCGGAAUUGAAACGACUAGAAGCAGAAUCCAAAGAUUCGUCGAAAGAGCUCUCAUCUCUACGCAAUCGGCACAACCUCUCCCAACAAAAUUGGGUUCAUGAACGGGAUGAUCUGGUACAACAGAACAAGCAAUUAAGAGAUGAAGCAGAAGCUGCCAAGGAAGCCAUGGGUGAUUGGGAGGUGUUGGCCAUGGAGGAAAGGUCGAUGCGAGAGGGUCUGACGGAAAGGAUUCGAGAUCUAGAAGAGCAAUAUUCAGCGCAGAAAGAAGCAUUCGAGGAAGCUGUAAGCGAAAGAGACAGCCAAUUGCAAUCACUUGAGGGCUUGCAAAGAGCAUUGCAAGAAGUCCAAGAAGCCCGCAAGAGAGAACUGCGUGAGAUGGUGGAAUCUUACGAAGAACAACUUGGAGCUUUAAAGAAGCUUGUCCAUGAUUCAGAUACCCGAGCUACCGAAGCUGUAGAGGGAAAGGAGUCCUUGCAAACUGAACUUGAUAGGCUAGCGCCCUUCGAAAAGGAAGUCAAGGAGAAGAACCUUCUGAUUGGGAAGUUAAGGCACGAGGCAAUUGUUCUUAACGAUCAUCUUACAAAAGCUUUACGAUUCCUGAAGAAAGCCAAACCAGAGGAUAACAUAGAUAGGUAUGGAAACCCCCUAGGUUCUUAUUUUCUAUCCAUCUAAACUAAUAAAACCCACAGACAAAUCGUCACAAAUCACUUCCUCCACUUCCUCGCUUUAGACAGAACCGACCCAAAGAAGUUCCAGAUCCUCCAACUAAUAGCCGCUCUCCUCAACUGGACAGAAGAGCAAAGAGAACAAGCCGGUCUCGCAAGACCCGGUGCAGCAAGUAGUAGUCUCCGUCUCCCCGCCUCGCCCUUCCACCGCACACCCAGCACGCCCUCCCUCUCCACGGAGUAUAACUUCAGUGAACCAUCCGGACAGAAGGAGUCGCUCGCUGAUCUCUGGACUGGGUUUCUCGAGCGUAGCGCGGAGGAGGGCUCCGUUGCUGGUGGGAGUCGGAGUGCGAGUGUAAGUAGUGCGGCGACUCCCCGGCCGGGGACGAGAGGUGAUGGGGGUAGGUAGUGUGUCCAGUGGCUUUUAUUGUGGGGGUAUGGGAAUCUUGUUUGAUGUCGAUUGUUGGUUUGUGUACUAUAUGAAAUGGACAUUGCGAGAGGCGUUUUUGGGGGGGUGUGGUUGUGUUUUUCUUUCCCC